AUGUUUGUUUCAAUACAGAUCGCAGUGUUGUGCCUGGUGGCGUGCGUGGCCAGUGAAGAGAAUGUACGCGAGAAGCGCGGCUUCCUGGGCGGCCACUCGGCCUUCGGGGGUUAUUCGGGCAUCGGGGGGUAUUCUGGCAUUGGGGGCUAUUCUGGCUACUCCGCCCCCGCCGCCCGCGUCGUCUCCGUCAACAAGGUGGUGAACGUACCGAGGGUCGUGAGCGUGCCCCAGGUGGUGAGCGUGAACAGGGUGGUCUCCGUGCCCCAAGUGGUCUCCGUCAAUAGGCUGGUGGCCUCCCCCAGCUACUCCUCCGGAUACAGCAGCGGUUACAGCGGUGGUUACAGCGGUGGCUACAGCGGUGGAUACAGCGGAUACGGUGGAUACGGCGGAUACGGCGGAUACAGGGGCCAUGCCAACAGCGGCUGGUGG